ACGUAGUACUUUCCAGAUGACACCACCGAUUUCAAAAUUCCAAUAUGGCCGAAAGUUUUAUAUCAAAGUUUAAAUGUCACAAUUUAUUGGAACAAAUCAUUAUAAAAUAAGAUAUUUUUAAUUGUGUUUCUUACAUUUAACCUCAUAAUUGUUUAAUUCUGACAUAAUAAAAACUACGCGUAACGGUAAUGAUUAAAAACAUCUUUAAUAUUAGAAUUUGUCAAAAUAAUAUAUCUAAAAACAUAUUGUUACAAAAAAUGAAUAUCAUAACCCAAACAAAACCAAUAGAAUCAUCGAUAAGGAAGAAACUGAAAGAAUCAUUAAACCCAUAUUUCAUUGAUGUCAUUAAUGAAUCUUACAUGCACAAUGUACCUAAAGGUUCAGAAACACAUUUUAAAGUAGUUGUAGUAUCCGAACAGUUCAACGACAAACCUUUACUUAAGCGUCACCGUAUGAUACAUGAUUUAUUAAAACCUGAAUUACAACAUGAUGUACACGCUCUUUCCAUCGUAGCUAAGACACCCGAACAAUGGGAAGAAAGUGACAAAACGUUAACGUCCAGUCCUGCAUGCAGAGGAGGUUUUGGAAAGUAAUGAAUUAUAUUGUAUAUAUAUUAGUACGUAAAAAGAUUGUAUAUAAUAUUUCAUAAGAUAAUUGAAAUAUAUCC